GGGGGAAGAGAAGGGGGGAGAAUCCAAUCCGGUUUGAGCUAGUUUGUGUUUCGAUGGGACGGUAACGUCUUCCUGCGCUGAAACCUGCCUGUCUUUUUUUUUACCGAGCUAACUAACCACUGUUGUUACCUAUUUUUAGUCUCUUUGGCGUCCUUAUUUUCACCCUCUUUCUUGUAGCCUUUUCCUAUUUUUUUUUCUUUGUGUUAAACACCUCAAAACCAGCCAUGCCCAAAAGGAGCAAAGCGAACAAUGACACCGAAGCCAGCGAGCCUAAAAGGAGAUCGGCAAGAUUGGUAAACCCGGCACCUCCUAAGGCAGAGCCAAAGCCAAAAGCAGCAAAGAAGGCACCUGUCAAACCCAAAAAGACCAAGGAACCCAAGGACGACAAGCCCAAGGACGAGGAGAAGAAGGAGGAAGUCCCUGCUGAGAAUGGCGAGGCAAAGGCCGACGAUGAGGCACCAGCAACAGAAGAGUCGGAGAAGAAGGAUGAUGCAGCAGAAUAACAUCUUGUCUCGAACCAGUGCUCCCUGUACCUCUCUUCUUGUACAAUUCAGGGGAAUAUUUUUAUCUACUAUUUUCUAAAGGCAGUUUUUUUUAGUAGUUUGAUUGUAGAGACACAUUUUUUAUGAAAGCUACAAUGCAUUUUAAGGGGGAUUCAUCCCAUCCCAUUUGUACAUCCAGAACAGUUAAUGUCUGUCAUUUCCUCUUUUCAAAGUGGGAAAGAGUUACGCCAUUGGUGCGCUCACACACACAUUGCGCAUGGCGUUUACAAAGACAGUUGGACAGCUUGCCCAAAUGACUAACAUUCCAUUGGCUCAAUGAGGGAUUUUUUGUUGUUGUUGUUUGUUUGAAUGUGUAUAACCUGUUAUGUAUGUGUGCGCGGAGGGGAGGGGUGCAAAUCACUCAUUGUUUUUUUUUUUUCUUGUUUAUAAUAAGGCAGAUUACCUAGGACGUUUGUAAACUGUGUUCUAUAUGUUAAUUUUUGUACCAAUUCUGCUUAAUAAACCUACUUUGUAGUACUGGAGAUCCUCCAUCAGGCCUGUGCAUCAUCACGUUUUGUUGUCUUUCCUGUGAUAGCGCCACAAUAGAUCUAUAUAGCAGCUGUGAAACGAUCUUCAACUUUAUAUGCAGCGUGUAACGGUACCUUGUCCGGACGUGGCUGAGGUUGAAUCCUUGGCAAAGCUAAGAUGCUUUUGAAACUUGGCCACCUGUCUUGGGCUGGUCCGAUGAUUAAAUGUAAGAUCUGGCUAACUGUACAGCACUCGUACCAGCAGUAGCAAUAUACGCGUGCAACUACAAAUGUACAGUUUCUUUCAGAUCAUUGUUUAUAGAUGUAUCUCUGUGUAUUGUUUGAUUUAAGCGAGCCAAUAAAAAUUGUUUGUGACA